AUGGCUGCUGCGCAGAGUGGAACCGAGUUGCACGGCGAUGCCAACAUGAAGCCAACCUCCGGACCAGAAGACGACAACCAGGACCAAAUUGGGUCGAACGGCUCAACUCCCACGGGAAUCGCAACACCUCAACCGGACCCUGCAGAUAAGCGUCUGCCAUCCAUUAUGCACAACUAUUUCCAGGUUGGUUCCUUUUCCGGUGAUCGUCAAGAUAAAGAAGCGAGUCUGCCGCGGCUGUGGUCCUGUCUUUCGAAGCCCUUCUCUGCGGAUCCCCACUCAGACACCCACCAACCCCACCAUCAAACCCAACAUUCCGAUGCUUCCUCCGACUCUUUCGUCAUGAUGGAACGAGAGGAGGCAUCGGAUCAGAUGGAUGACUUGUCGAAUCAUCACAAUCAUCACAAUCACAAUCACAAUCCUCCCACUCCUCCCCAUUCCCUCCUGCAGACGGAUUCUGAUGAGACGGGACUCGACUCGAGUCCAGACGGGGGGGUCUCCAUUUACAACACCCUGAAAAAUUAUCUCGUUCCACCCACCCGCGCUGAGAGCCCCUCUCCUUCUCGUCGUCAGACUUCUCUACCCGUCUCUAGCGUCUCGGAUGACCCCGUUCUUGCCACCCACUUCUUCAAUCCAUCUCUCUCUCCUGCCUUCAACCCGUUAUCUUCCCUGGCCGAUCCAUUGCCGCCGCACGACGAGAAAUCGCUCGUCUCAAUACCAUCCGAAGAACUUGCCAAGCUGACUCUGAACGCACCCGAUGGGGCGUAUCUUAAGAAUACCCCGCCGCUGACCCCCCGUGCUAUGUCCAACGAGGACCAGUCUGCGGAUAAGCAAUCCGUCACCUCGGCCCCCCGUGAAGCCGAAGAACCUCAACCCACACAACCCACCCAAAUCACCCCUGAUGAGCCCGAGGAGAUGGAAUCCUCUACCGACGAAAUCACCAUGAAACUCGACGAAGCCUUCCCCCGCGAAUCCUCCGCAUCCCCAUCCAAUGGACCCCCUGUCGGUCCUCUCAAGGGUAAAUUGCUCGUGAAGAUCUCUGAGGCUCGAGGAUUACGUCCUAGUUUCGACCCGUAUGUUGUGUGUGUUUUCGAGUGGAAUGAAUACAUCUCCAAGGGUGCUCGUGAUGGAGAAGAGGAAAAGAAGCGACGUCAGAUGGAAUCCGAUGCCGAGGCUGGUAUGCCCAUGGCCAUUCCAAUGAGAAGUCGCCAGAGCAGCCACAACACUGCCGUCGAUGCCCAGAAUCACAAGGGCAGAUCCCCCCGUGACCGAUCCUCACUGGGAUCACGAGGCGACAUUUCAGAAGUCGACGUUACCGUUUACGAUCGCAGCGAUUCGGAAGCCUUCUUGGGCCACGUCCGUCUGAGCAUCAACCUGAGAGAGGACCACAGCCGGUUAGAAGGGUGGUUCCCGUUGGUCGCCCGUGGAGCCGGAGAUAGCCCAGUGUCGGGUGAAAUCCACCUCCAGAUGCAAUUCGAGAUGACCGACCGAAAGAAUGUGGGACCAAAUGAUUUCUCAAUUCUCAAGCUUAUUGGCAAGGGAACUUUCGGCCAGGUCUACCAGGUCAAGAAGAAGGACACAGAGCGCAUUUACGCGAUGAAGGUUCUUUCCAAGAAGGUUAUCAUCCAGAAGAAAGAAAUCGUGCACACACUCGGAGAGCGGAACAUCCUCGUGCGCACCGCGAUGGCGGCUUCUCCAUUCAUCGUCGGACUUAAGUUUUCUUUCCAGACACCGACAGAUCUGUAUCUAGUCACAGAUUACAUGUCUGGUGGUGAGUUGUUCUGGCAUCUUCAGCGUGAGGGUCGCUUCGAGGAAGCCCGGGCAAAGUUCUACAUCGCGGAGCUGAUUCUGGCUUUGCAACACCUCCACGACCACGAUAUCGUUUAUCGUGAUUUGAAACCAGAGAACAUCUUGCUUGACGCCAACGGUCACAUUGCGCUCUGUGACUUCGGUCUUUCCAAGGCCAACCUUAGUCAAAACGACACCACCAACACUUUCUGCGGUACUACCGAGUAUCUCGCCCCUGAAGUUCUGCUCGACGAGCAAGGUUACACCAAGAUGGUUGACUUCUGGUCGCUGGGUGUUUUGGUCUUUGAAAUGUGUUGUGGCUGGAGCCCGUUUUAUGCCGAAGACACCCAACAGAUGUACAAGAACAUUGCUUUUGGUAAGGUUCGGUUCCCCCGGGAUGCUCUCAGCACCGAGGGUAGGAACUUCGUGAAGGGUCUGCUCAACCGCAACCCCAAGCACCGUCUGGGCGCCGAGGGUGAUGCAAAGCAACUUAUGGAACACCCAUUCUUUGACGACAUUGAUUGGGAUGCGCUUUGCCGUAAGCAGGUCAUCCCGCCGUUCAAGCCCAAGCUCCAGUCCGAUACCGAUACCUCCAACUUUGACCCGGAGUUCACUAAUGCUCUGGAGAAUAACAACUCGUUGAAUCUGCGGGCGGCCGCUUUGGCCAACGGCCUGAUGCCAGGCUCCACCCCUCUCUCUCCCGGUAUGCAAGCAAACUUCAAGGGCUUCACCUUCGUGAACGAGAGCUCUAUCGACCAUCACCUCAAGAAUGAGCCAGAGGAGAUGGAAGAAGACUCGGUGCACGACGGGGGUGGCAACGAACCCACCGCCCGACCAACUCGACCGAUCAGCGCAUGA